AUGCGUCGUGUCGCCCGUCUCGUCACCGGGGCAGCCGCUCGCAGCGCUUCAACCGGAGAGGCGAUCUCAAAUAGCUUCCCAUCCGACACGGAGCGCGCGUCAGAGGAGCCGCACCCGCUCCUGUAUCAGGUGCCUGUGCUAGCCCUGCGCACUGUCGGCCGCGAGGCUGAGGUGCGCACGCUGUGGCAAAACCUUCUGUGCGGUCGCCACUACCAAGUACUUGCCGGCCCUGACGGUAUCGGCAAGUCUACUAUCGCUGCCGAGUUCUGCGACACGGUGAAGCACAGCCAUCGGUUUUCCUGCAUUCAGUGGUUCAACGGACAGCAUGCGCUUCGGUCUCAGCUGCAGCACUUCUUCGCCUCCAUGAAAGGGCGGAAGGAGAAGGACGUGCUGCUGGUUGUGGAUGACGUGGCCGCUCCUGAGGAGGUGGUGGCGCUCAUCCCAGAGCACGCGAGUGUGUACGUGCUGAUGACGACCAGCGCGGCAAAUGUGAGAAGGUCGACGAAGAUGGCGUGCCUCUCUCCAUCUGCUCUCUCGCCUCAGGCGAGCCAGCAGCUCUUGCCGGAGCUGACGUUCUCGCAGGAGCUGGAGAUCGUGUUUUACAACCUGGGCUACGUGCCACUACUGGUGCACAUAGCCUCCCUGCUCAUAAAGGGAGACGUCUGCCGUGCGUCCCAGCUGGGGCACAUACUGACGGAGAAACGUGUGCGGCGCGACGACACCCUCAGCAUCUCCGCGGCCCUCUCGGUACUGUCUGAUAUUGGCAUUGUAGAGCUGGAGAAAACGUACCCCGACGCACGCGCGAUGCUGCGCGUCAUCAGCUGCUUUCACACGGGCGACGUGUCGGACGCCGUGGUGGGGGCCAUCGUCGGGGAAGCUGCUGGCGACUUCUCCGUCAAAGCCUCGCAGCUCGGCAUCUUCUCGCCCAAGUGGGAAGAGGGGGCAUUAGCGUUGCAUCCACUCGUUGCAAGGGUGCUGCGCGGACCACUGGAUGCACCCGUGUUGGCGAAGGCGGCAGACGCACUACUGAGCUUGUGGCCUCGCCGCUGGCGCGGGAUGGGAAGCCGCUUCGCUUACAAUCUUGUCUGGCACACGUAUACGGUGGCGCAGCACUUUGCGGCUUGCGAGGCCGCGCUGACGCCGGCCAUCUUAACGGCUAUGGACCGCAGUGCCACGUUCCUCGCUCAUGUCGAGGCGCGAGAUUUCGAAGUGGCGGCUCAGUUGUGGAUGCAAGUGUACGAGCAACACGUAGCACGGCAGGAGGAGGCGUCGGCGGACAGUGUGCGCAUGCUGCGGGAAUGCGGCCGCCUGCUUCACUUCCUGAAGGACCCCCGCGCAGAGGAGGUCUUGCAGCGCGCAUGGAAGGACUGCGUGGUGGUACACGGGAAGAGCUCCGCCGAGUCGGCGCUCAUUCUGGGCUGCCUCGCGCCGUACCUGCCCGCGAAUAGCGAUAAUCUGUCGCUGGUGGAGGAGGCGGUGGCUGUGUUGGAAGGGCGCCUCGUCUCUGUUGACCUCGUUCUGGCGAGGGAGGAGGUUCGUAUGCUGUGGCAGACAAUCUUUGUGUUACUCAUGUGCAAGGGCCAGUACAUGACGGAGAUGAAGCUGGCAAUUCCGGACGAUCUCAUGCGUGCCCUUGAGCAUGCCGACGGCGAGGCGAAGAGGGUGAGGUAA